AUGGUCCACGGUUCGAACUCGAUCCCUGCAUCCCGACUGCUCCUGUCUGGGCGUAGGCAACUUCGCAGUAUCUCGGCACUCGUGCUUCCUUCGAGUGGCCUUGGAGUUGGGCACCGAAAGGGUGGUACAGUUGGACCAGAUAAACUGUAUGGUUGUUCGGCAUCAGUCAACACUGAUGUUGCUGUCUUCCGUGAUGAUACGUUAGUACCUGCGUCUACUGAAGGAAUCAACCCACGUGCUUAUCCACUAGCUGGCCCGGAAUUGACGAAUAAACUGAUCGAAUUGGUCAAGCAGGCCAGUUCCUAUAAACAACUGAAAAAGGGUGCAAAUGAGGCAACAAAAGCACUGAACCGGGGCAAAGCCGAGUUUAUCGUGAUGGCUGCAGAUAUAGAGCCGCUGGAAAUCGUCCUACAUCUCCCGUUGUUGUGUGAAGACAAGAAUGUACCGUACGUUUUCAUCCCAUCACAAAUGGCUCUUGGUCGAGCUUGUGGUGUCUCCAGGUCCGUAGCUGCUGUGGCGGUCACUGACAGUGAGGGAUCGCAGCUAAAACCACUCGUUACUGCCAUACAACAAAGUAUCGAAAAGCUGUUGAUCUAAAUUGUUACGCAUUUGUGGUCGAAUAUACUAUUUUCC